GUCGAGUUGACAGAUUGCAAGUUUGGAAGCAAAUUCGAGCCCCACUGUGCGGGCUCGAGCUCAUGCAUUUUGCAAAUAGAUGGUUUUAAUCCGGGAAUGUUCCAGAAAAGUCACAAUGGGAAGCAGGGGAGAAAGAGAUGAACAAAGUAUUGGAGAGACAUCAAGUGCCCGUGAGAGGAGGUACAGAUCGUUGAGGCUGGAAGAAGUGAGUGGCCCAGAGUAUUGGAUGUUGUGGUGUCAUUGUGAAACAACAUCCUCAGAAGAGGAAGAUACAGAAACACAUGAAACAAUUGAGAAAAGCAGAACAAAGAAUGAGGCGCAGCGUCGCAACAACAACAAUCCUACGGGUGGUACAUAUACUACAGCGUACUGCGUCGAGGCCAUGGGUGAUGAUGACUCACAAGAACCGCUGCGACCUUUCAUCGAAGCUGAGAGGGAAUUUGUACACCUGCAGGCCACCGGGGACCAUGACGGAGCUGUGCGGUGCUUGGAGGCAGUGCUGCGAGCAGAGCAGGCCACUGUGCAGCAAAUGCCAGAUACAAUGUUGUCAACGCUGUUCGAGCGGUUGGCUAUAGGCUACAAUACCCUGGGCAUGAAGCACUUGAAGGACAAUAACACUGAAGUCUCAUGCAAAUUCUUCGAGAAAGCAGAAGCCCUGACAGACCCUGCGAAUUUGCAUAUGAAUCCUGAGUCUCGUCUCGUCUUGAGAGCGGUGACAUACAACAAUAUGGGAUGCUUUUACAAAAGCUUUGGAAAGCUUCACACAGCCCUACAGUACCUGAAGAAGGCACAGAAGAUUGAAGAGAGGUCGCAUGGCAGAUGCCAAAACCCAGCAGGCACCCAUUUGAACCUGUGCGCUCUGUUGUCUCAAAUGGGAAAGCAUCAAGAGGCACUCCAACAUGCUGAGAAAGCUUUGAAGAAGCUUGAGGCCCAAGCGCAUUCACAGCAGCCAUCCCAGCCUGCUGAGAGUGUAACUGGCAGCACCAAUAGUGAGAGCCUAAUUUGUGUUGCGUACUUCAACAUGGGCGCAGAAUAUGAGCACUUAAAGAAGAACAAUGAUGCGCUGUGGCACUACCAGAGAGCGCAUGAAAGUUGCUUGCAAGAAUUGGGGGAAGAGCACCCUCUCAGCAAGCAAAUACAAGCCUGCGUGGACCAAUUGCAGCAAAGGGCCAAGCAGAAGGCGAAACCAGUGUGAGCAAUGUUUCAUCAUGAUUUUGCACGUUGAUGCAAUGCUUGGGCUGUUUAUGUGUAUGUUUCUUCAAAUCAAUGUUGCACGUGUGUUGCAUCGUGCUGCAAUCUCAGUUGUUUCACCAUUUGGGUCCGUUUCCUAUCAUUUCAACUUUUCCAGGAAAGCUGUCAAGUCGGGCAACUUUUAACAAACGCGUUUUGCGAUGAAUUUCAUGUUUCACAUAUCGCCGCGAAACUAUCCGGUGUACAGUACUUGCAUGCCUUUACACAUUGAAAGAGCGCGGAGUCCUUUUGGACCAUAAAAGCGGUCCGCGGUUCACGAUGUACACUUCUCUAUUCUGCGUGUCAUGUCUUUGACAUGUGAGCACCUCAU